AUGCGAUCGGCUCACCGUUGGAAUAUAUUCCGUGAAAAAUCGAUCCCGACAGUACAAUUUGCUAUGGUGGACUAUUCCGUAUACUUGGUGACGGACUCGUCUAUGAUCCCUGAGAGUUCCACCUUUCUCAAGCAAGUGGAGAAUGCCAUUGAUAAUGGUGCUACAAUGGUGCAAUUGCGAGAGAAAACCAUGGCUACAAGAGACUUUAUCGACCGAGCUUUGGCCAUUAAGCGUAUGACGGAAAAGAAAGGAAUUCCUCUUAUCAUCAAUGAUCGAGUUGAUGUAGCAUUGGCAGUGGAUGCUGAUGGUGUUCAUGUGGGUCAAGAUGACAUGGAAGCUGUCACCGUUCGAAGGCUAAUUGGACCAAAUAAGAUUCUUGGGGUAACCUGCUCGUAUCCACAUGAAGUAGAAAAGGUGUGUGAAGACGGAAUAGCUGAUUAUGUUGGGCUUGGGACGGUUUACAAGACAGCUACAAAGAAAGAUGUCAAGACACCAGAAGGUACGGGACCCAUUGGAAUCCGCAAGAUGUUGCAUGUUUUGGAGAAACACAAAGCUAACAUUAAAGCGGUUGCAAUUGGGGGAAUUAAUCAUCUGAAUGCAGCAAAAGUGUUGUUUCAAUGUCGAAUUCCAGGAAGAGCGCUCGACGGUCUUGCGGUGGUUUCAUGUAUAAUGGCCGAUCCCGAUGCUAGCGCAGCCACCCAGUCGCUUGCGAAAAUUGUGAGAGAGAAGGAAUUUGGAAAAGAUAAGAAGAAUAGUGGCAGAGAGGAGGGGAAAGAGACGGAAGUCAUUCGUGCGGUGAGAGCAUCGAAUCCACUUGUUCACCACAUAACCAACAAUGUGGUCAAGAACUUUUGUGCCAAUGUGACUCUAGCCGUUGGGGCUUCUCCCAUUAUGUCUGAGUUUGCCGAAGAGUAUGAUGAACUUGCACAAAAUAUUGAAAAGUUGGCCCUCGUUAUCAACUUGGGCACCCCCAACAGUUCCACCAUGGAUAUCUUCAAACACGCUCUCCAAGUGUACAACAAGCAUGGGAAGCCUGUGGUGUUUGACCCAGUCGCUGCUGGUGCUUCCGCAGCCCGUUUUGAGUGCUGUAGACAGAUCUUGAAUGCUGGUCAAGUCAGUGUGAUCAAGGGCAAUGUUGGGCGAGAUCAUGUCUCUUUACAAACUUACUCACGGGUAUACACAAGACGAGGACGCCAGUCAGCUCAUGAAGGGAGUCGACUCGGUGGUGGACUUGAGUGCCGAAAAGAUAAUUGA